UACAACAAUUGUCUAAAAUAAAAAAAUAUCAAGCAAAAUAAAAGGGAUGAUAAAUACUAAAGAUGGUCUUUGGUCCAAACUUCAAAAUUCUAAAUCUUUGGAGGUCCCGAGUGUUGGGUGUUCGUCCUUCAUCAAUGGUAUUCGCCGACGACCGUUACCGGUUCUAAAAAUUAUGUCGUUAUGGGGGAUACGUUAAAACGCUUUAUUUCACUUAGACGCUUGUAAACACUGAAAUGGAAAGAGAAACUUACGUAAAGUUUUCCGUCUCUCGACUCAAAGACGAGUUAAAGAAAAAAGGAGCCACCACGAGAGGCAGAAAAGCCGACCUUAUAGACAGGCUUAAGGCAUAUGAUAGAAAUAAAGAUUUCAAGAAUGACCCAAUUCAUAUACCUGAGCCUUUGGAAGUUGAUUGGCCAACGAGGGGAUUUCAACAGCUCCAGGAAUCACAUAAAGAAGAAAUCCCAGAGAUAGGCAUUGAGCAGAUAGACAUGUAUUUUGUACAUAGAUUAGCAGGUGACAGACAAAGCACUGGUGAUGUCAAGGCUAUCGAGAAAGGAAGGCUGCUUGUUGAAAGUGAUAGAGUCUUGGCUGUGUCAUAUUUAAAGGAAGAUAAUUCCCUGUUCUUUACAGGCAUUGUUGGCGCAACCAUGAAAACAAAGGCAAGUAUUACAUUUAAUUUGUGGAUAUAAUAUACAUUGUAGUAC